AUGGAUAUGAAGCAGCUCUUCACCAGCAUUGCCGCCAAACAGGCGAAUAAUGUGGCCGUUGAAGACGAGUCUCGUUCGUUGACAUACAAUGAUGUCUUGAAAAGAGCAGAAUCGCUGGCUCGUACCAUCAAGGAGCAUCCCUUAGAGCCUGAAGAGCCGGUUGGCGUGGUGUUUGGGGUUGGGAUCGAACUGGUGAUUGCCCAGGUUGCUCUUCUUUUGCUGGGCUUGACUUGCAUCCCUCUGGAUCCCAGUUUGCCCGGUCUUCGCAUCCAGGAGAUGCUACACGACGUCCAGGCCCGUUAUGUCGUCACAGGCACUGACCUGGACGACCCAGACUUGACGGUUAUCCCGUUGUCUCUUGAGACUCCUGUCAACCAUCAAAUUGGUCAGCCCAAUGGUGAAGAGCAGGACUUUAAGGCAAGCGACAUGCGUCGCAGCCACAUCCUUUAUACAUCCGGGUCCACCGGAAAGCCGAAACCGGUUCAAAUCUCGCCAGCAAGUCUUGCUCAUCUUGCAACCAAGAGCCCUGUUACGCCGUUCCAAAAGACUGACCGGGUGGCCUUGAUCAACAACCCGGGCUUUGAUAUCUCGCUCUUUGAGGUCUGGGCCACACUCCUGUCCGGAGCAACCAUCGUUGUUGUUCCACGAGAAACCGUGCUCGACCCGUUUGCCUUUCGGGAUUUUAUCCAUGACCGACAAUUGAGCGUCGUCUUCCUCACCUCGUCCCUCUUUGCCGCCACAGCUUUGGCUUGUCCCACGGCCUUUCGGAAUGUUCUCGAGGUCCUCACUGCGGGCGAAGUGGCUAGUCCGUCGGCCAUGCGGACAGUGCUGGAAUCUGGCGGGCCUCCCGCGCGCCUUUGGAACACCUAUGGCCCCACCGAGACAACGACAUUCUCCUCCAUGCAGCUCGUGACGCCGGAAGAGGCCAAGCGGCAUCGAAUCGGAAUCGGCAAACCGGUCGGUGAUACCUCGAUCUUUCUUCUUGACGAGCAACUCCAUGCCAUUACAUCCAGCGGCAGCCCGGGUGAAAUCUUUAUUGGAGGCCCUGGACUGUCACCAGGCUAUCUCGGACGGCCAGAAGAGAAUUCACGGCAUUUCUUGGAGAUUCCUGGUCAUGACCUAGGUGUCGAGACACCGGAUGUCGUCCGUCUUUAUCGAACGGGAGAUCGGGCAUGUUGGCGAGAUCACUCAGCUAGGGAGCUGGACUUCCUUGGGCGGGUAGAUCGACAGGUUAAACAAGGUGGGUUCCGUAUCGAACUGGAGGAGGUCGAGCAGAAGUUGCUGUCUAGUGACUGGUUCACCUCCGUGGUCGUGACCCAGCUAGCAAACCCAGAACAGGCAGACCCGUUUCUGGUUGCUUUUGUCGUCAGCAAGACGUCCGGCCUCCCCAAGCGGCGAGUGCUGGAGUGGGCUUCAGAGCGGAUGCCUCAGUAUAUGAUACCUCGGGACAUCCUGUUUGUUCCCGAGUUUCCCUUGACAGCCAACAACAAGGUGGACAUCAAACACCUAGAACAGCUCUACUGGGAGCGCCACGAAUACAGCAAACGAAAGGCCGACGAAACGACCCAAGACUCCGCACUAACCGCCGUCGUUCGAGAGCUCUGGGCAUCGGUCCUUGGUGUCCCGAAAAUUGACGACGGAGACGACUUUUUCGCCCUCGGAGGGUCCUCGAUACAAUCAGCGAAAUUGAUCAGCAGACUGCGCGGCGAGACAGGCAAGACCAUGUCAAUGAGAGCGUUUCACGAAAACUCUCGGUUCGAGGACUUUGUGACAUACUUGAACGAGUUUGCUGAAGGUGCUGUGGCGACGCACCAGUGCGAUAAAUGGAAAGCAGACUCUCAUCUUGCAGACGAGGUUCCAGUUACACCACAAUGGGCUUCCGAAGACGAAGGCCGUGUCUUCAUGACUGGAGCGACUGGAUUCGUCGGUGUGCAUUUCCUAUCUCGACUUCUUCGACAUCCCAUGGUAAAGAAAGUCGUCUGCCUCGUGCGCGGAAGAAACAACAUGAGUCCUACUCAACGAGUCGAACACGCAAUGGAGCGAUACAACCUGUUGGAGGAGACGUCGAAGUGUAUACAUAAGCUCACGGUGCUUGAUGGAGACAUCGCCGAGGACAAUCUCGGGCUUUCAGAUGACGACUUCGCUUGGCUUUCCCAGUGGGCCAGCGCGGUAUUCCACCUCGCAGCUCGAGUCAACUUCUGCGAGCCAUACGAGGCGCAUUACGAGCCCAACGUUGUUGGCACACGAAAUGCACUCCGGUUAGCAGCCGCGGGAAGACGGAAGUCCUUCCACUUUUCCUCCAGCAUUGAUGCCUGGGGGCCCACAGGACUCAUUCUCGGUACGCGGAAGUGUCUGGAAGACGACCUUCUCGAGCCACAUCUGAAAGGUCUCCCAUACGACAUCGGGUAUGCUGCCAGCAAGUGGACGUCCGAGCAAAUGGUGCGGCGUGCUCGAGCCCGUGGCCUCCCAACCAUCAUAUACCGGCCGGGCUUCGUCAUUGGCGACUCGCGAACUGGCGCAGGAAAUCCCGACGACUUUUUCGCUCGACUGAUGGUGGGAUCCAUCAAGAUCGGGGCCUUUCCACAUCUCCCUAAACAGCGAAUGGAGUACGUGACCGUGGACUAUACAGUCGAGGUCAUCAACGACGCUGGUUUCCCCGUCCAGCGUGUUCCAUACUGGGACUGGGUGCAGCGGCUUCAGGAUCCCAAGAACAAGGACAAUCCGCUGAUGCCACUGCUGCCCCUUGUACAAGAAAAGUCGUGA